CUGAGCACUGUCAUCGGCCUGAGUGCCCACAACCCACCAUGCCUGAGGAGACCCAAGAAGACACAGUGGCACCAACGCCAAGCCCAAGGAACAGGGUCCCGCUGGCCCCCAACCACGUACAGGAAGUGCGCCUGCACCCAGUGGAGUCCAUCAGCGACCUCCACGGUGGAGGUGAGGCGGGGAGGAAUGUGGGACACACAUGGGCAGGGAGGGAAGGGGGUGCACCCACCACCCUUCUGACACCCAGUCCUCUGCCCACAGGUUCCUUGAGACCCUAUUUGGCCGAGGAGACGCAGUCCUGGGACGAGCUGUUGGGCUUCCUGCCACCCUCGCUGUGUGCCCAGGCCGGCUGCAGCCCUCUGCAGGGCCGCUUGUGCUUCCUGUUGCUGCUGGCGCUGCUGGUGCUCACCUGCCUGGCACUUGCCAUCCUGGCUGUCUACCUGAGUGUGCUACAGAGUGAGUCCCUCCGUGUCCUGGCACACACACUGCACACGCAGGAGGAGGUGCUGCUCAAGCUGCGGCUGGCCAGCCUCAGCCAGCUGCGCAGGCUCAACAACAGCGAGGCCCGGGCACCCAGCUGAGAGGCGGCCGCUCCUCGGGGGCGAGAGUGCAAAUCAGGUGACCGCUGGCAGGUCUCUCCUCUCCCUGCCCCCGGCCAUACCACUUCCUCGGCCAGGCCGUUGUCUGAGUGAUCUGACCCCCACAGCUGCCCACUUCUGACCUCUGCAGGCCAGUGGGCAGUCAAGCUUUAGGGUGCCAAAGCCCCAGGAAGUGACCCAACCCCCUGGCUCCUCCUGUGGCCCGUCAGCACCCUCUGGCCUCCCCCAGACAGCAGGUCCCCAAGUCCAGAAAUAGCUGUCCCCUCCCGGUCAUCCAGGCGCUGCUGAGCCUCCCAGCAGGGGG